AUGAAUACAUGUAGCUUUACUUUUAAUAGUUUACGUACAAAAUUACCAUGUCAUGUAUUUGGUGUUGAACGUACAUGGGAAUAUUUGAAACAAGAAUUCGAUCGGCAUAGUGAUGGUUUACCCGAUGCAAAAUAUUAUGAAACAAUGGGACCUGGACCUCAAUUGUUUGCUGUCAUUGGUAAUACAGUUUAUUAUCAUGAUGAUGAGAAAUGGUUUCCAUAUAUCAGUGCUACUAAUAUUAUAUACAGCAUAAUGAAUAUCGAUGAUUGA